AUGAUGUACCCUCAGAUGGAAAAUGCAUUUUCUGCAUACCUUGGUGGUCGAUACAUCGUGGACGACUGGAAGGAUGCUAGAGACACAUUAUUCUCUGGUGAUGGCAAUGACAGCAUCGCCUUAGCAAACCUUUAUGCAUUAAAGGCCAAGCACAUACCCCUACCAUCGUCUUCAUCAAGGGUAAACAGCUGCCUCUCAAGCACUCCCAUUCAACAACCGUGUAAACAUCCCCAAUUGAGGACGGACUCAAGCACUCGUGUUCAACAACUGCAUAAAUGUCUCAAACGGAAUCCAUACAUCAUUACUGAAGCAGAUGAAAGUGAAAGAGAAGAGGUUGCACACUUUUCUGGACCAUCAGCUAAGGAUAGGUUGGCUUCAGCAUUCGAUAACAUUUUCGAUAGGAUCGGAGAGAGGCGAUCCUUCUCAUUAGAGACUCACUCUUGCAAGGCCGCUUCAUUCUCCUGUGCAAUUGAAGGCAGAAUGUACCUCCUCCAUGUUCAGAGAAAUGGCGUAGAUUACAUCUCUGAACACCUUAGGAGUCAAGGAUUUCCUGUUACGGUGUCGGCUUGGGCAGCAGGCCAGUUGUAUGUUGUCGCAGAUAGCCCUAAAGCUAUCUCAACGUCGCUUCCAACCUCACAUAGUUUUGCCGUUAAACAAUACAUUCAGAUUUCAGACGAGGAGCAUCAGGCAGUCGAACAUUUAAGGUCCAAACUUCCCGACCCAGGGUGGGUGAGGAUCAAAUAUGGAAAGUAUAAGGGCGACAUGGGAUACAUCUUUGAUUCUGAUCAAUCCAAUGGUUUUGUUACCAUCUUGAUCACUUUCUGGGACUUUCCCUAUCCCAUGCCUGGUCGUUCUGUGGCCCUACUAGACCGAUCCCGCCUCCCUAAUAAUGAUCAAGCCAUUCGCAACAUUAUCCGCGAUGGAAAAGUCGUGGGAUGCUCUUAUACAGGCGAACUAUACUAUAUGGGACUCUUAGUGAAACAAUUUCACUAG